CCCCCGAACCCUUGAAAAUGGCCGUUUCUUCUUCAACUUCAAAACCCUUUGAAGGUAAUUGCUUUUCUUUUCAUCAACAAUAGUAAUCGUUUGGAUUCGAAUUUCCACAUGAUCGAAUCCAAGCAGCUCUUUGCUUUAUGUACGGCAUUCCAAUCUCUCUCUCUCUCUCUCUCUCUCUCCCACACACUCUCUCUCAUUUCGGCUCUCUUCCAUCCUCGCUCUCCAUAGAUUCUUUCACAAAAUUGGAAUUGGAAUCGGAAUCACUCAGUUUCUUCAAUAUCUUUCUCUUGAUGAAUUUUUAGCACUCCUCUUUAACCCAAUCUGUUCAGAUCAAUACCUGCAAAACACCAUUGAUUGAGAUUCAAAAAACCCAAAUCCCAAAUCAUGCCUUUAUACCACCCUCUAUCGUAUUUCGCCAUUUCCAAGCUUUCUCUUACCUCUUUCCGUCCGAUUUCAUUUCCUGGUUGUCUGUCUUCUGCCUUCUCCAUAAAUUCAAUGGACAGCUUUUUCACCCAAUUCGCCUCCGUCUCGAGCCUUAAAGUGGUAUGGCGGAAGGACUGCCAUUUAGACAACGCCAUCGAGAAGGACAAGCAAUGGCGGAUGUGUGCGAAAGUAGUCAAAGAAGUCCUCAAUGAGCCCGGCCAAGUCAUCCCUCUACUGUACUUAGAAAGACGUAGAGAAAGACUCCGUCUUCCCAUCCGAAUUGAGACCUUCCUCCAUCAGAACCCUGGCCUCUUUGAUCUUUAUCUCGAUCGGAUCAAACCCAAAACCCAACAAGUCCCUUUCCUCCGCAUCAGUGACCGGUUGCAACAGUUUCUCGAUGAAGAGAAACGGAUCAAAGCUGAAAAUGAGCAUCUUCUUGUGAAGAAACUGUGUAAAUUGUUGAUGAUAUCGAAGAAUAAAGUAAUCAAUGCCGACAAAUUAUUGCACGUGAAGAGGGAUUUUGGAUUCCCAGAUGAUUUUUUGUGCAGUUUGGUGCCCAAGUAUGGAAAUUAUUUUCAAUUGGUGGGUAGUCCUGGGGAGGGAAAAUCGUUCUUGGAGUUGGUUUCUUGGGAGCCUGAAUUCGCAAAAUCGGUUAUAGAAUUGAGGGCGGAAGAGGAGUCCAAGAUGAUGGGGAUUCGGGUCCGGCCUUGUUUUAAUGUCCGUCUCCCGCCCGGGUUCUUCCUGAAGAAGGAGAUGAGGGAAUGGGUGAGAGAUUGGAUGGAGCUUCCAUACAUUUCGCCAUACGAAGAUAUUUCGAACUUGGACCAGGCUUCGCCAGAGAUGGAGAAGAGGAAUGUAGGUGUCUUCCACGAGCUGUUGUCCAUGUCAGUUUUUAAGAGGAUGGCAGUGCCAUCGUUGGGGAAGUUCAGUGAGGAGUAUCGGUUCUCGAAUGCAUUUGCGAACACAUUCACAAGGCAUUCGGGGAUUUUCUACGUGUCGUUGAAAGGGGGGAUUCGGACAGCAAUAUUGAGGGAGGCUUAUGAUGGGGAUGUACUGAUUGAUAAGGAUCCUUUGGUUGGGAUAAAAGAGAAGUUUGUGGAGUUGUUGGAAGAGGGGUGGCGGGAGAGGGCGGAGAGGGAAAGAUUGAAUAGGGAGGCAGUCCGGAAGGAGAUGGAGAGGGUGGCCAUUAGAGAUGUCGAAUAGGGCCACAGGUACCAAGUUCCCAAUGAAUAUUGCAAACACUGAUGUAUGAAACCAAUUAACCCCUUUGGCUGUUUCUCUCUUAAUUUGAGUUUGGAAAGAUAGAAAUCUAUGAAGUACAUAGAUUGAUUUGACUGGGAACUGCAUAAUAAUGAUAUCAAAUCAGUGUGAACGUGAGGAGAAGUGAAUGUUGAUUGAUCUACUUGUGUUACGGAAGGAUGGAUUUAGGCUGCAUUUGGUGUUAGAAGUACCCCAAAUCGACAUUUGGUUGAAGUUUUUGUUGGGGUCACUUGCUUUUGAACCUGCUGAGCAAGGAAGCAAUGGUGCUGCUCUUUUGAGCUACUAGAAACAACCACAACAACAAUUUGCAAAAGUAUAUUCCACCUGCCCUGGAUUCUUGAGGUACUUCCAGAUGCAUCCUUAAGAAUGAAACCUGGUAUCUAUUUCCUGAAUGCAGUAAAGAAAAAAAAAUAAAGAUUUGCUCUGCUGGAGAGGAAGAAGAAUAGUGCUUCAGCUGCCCGUGUUUGAUGAAUGCCAUUAUAUAUGAUGCUUUUCUCGAGUACGAUAUAACAUGAAUAACACCUGGUCAAGCUUCAUGCAAGACUAGGCAAUUGGUGGAAUUGAAAUUGUACUGCAGUUUAGUUGUGUGGUUGCUAAUUGAUCUUUUUUUUUUUUCUUUUUUAUAUAGUUCUCAAGCAUCAAUGAGACUCAAAUUGAUCUCUUUCUCUGUGAGACUCUCUCUCUCUCUCUCUCUCUCUCUCUCUCUCUCAUGAUGAUUCUUGUUUUGAGAUAAAAUUGUUGAUUUAUUGAAAAAAGAAGAAGAAAUGGAUCUGUUCUCAAGCAAAGUAGCUGGGUUUACACGAGACGGAAUUUCACAACUCUUCUGUAAUGCACAUGUAUAUGUACAUGAAUAACCAGCUACAAUGUUUACCAUACACUGCAUUAUAUAAUGGAGCUUGACCUCGUCAGUUGUCAUUUCUGUUGGAAUUACAUAAUAGAGUUUUGUUAGGUCCACACUUAUGGCAAUCAGGUGGUUUAGACAGCAUGUGUUCAGGAGAUUCCGAGCUGUUUUUUGGCUGGUUCCCAAUGUUUAGAUGACCUGACCCAAAACUCAGGUUGUUCCACUAAUCAGGUGGCCACAUGUAUGAAAACACUGGAAAGUUUAAAAUUUUACCAGUAGUCCACACUGAAUGGAUAUGCUUAUAACCCACCUUCUGAGUGACCAGCCUGGUGCUUGGGCCAUGGUGGAUCCCACAUGAUAGCAUAAACUGCCUGUAUGAAGGUACCUUUUUUUUUUUAAAAAAAAUAAAAAAUCUUUUUAUUAUUGUAUUAUAGCACUUCAGCAUCUUGUGAUACUGUGAAAAAACUGGGUCUGUACCAGUACCCCUACAUUCAAAUGGCUACUCAAAGGUAAUAAACUUAUUUAGAUAAUGGUUUGACAUUUUCAAGGAAUCUCUCUUUGAUUAUGGAGCUGGCAUGCGCUGAAAAAUGACUAGAAGUGUUAUGCAGUCUGGAACUCAUUGAAAAUGAAUGUUAAUAGGUUUGAAGAAUGGUGUGCUAUCUAAUUGCUUAGGGCUUGAGGCUUUCUAUACUUCUUUUGCAAUCUUUUGUGCUAAGGGUCCAUUUUGACAGACCCUCCAAAGGGGCAUGUGAGGCAUAAACACUAGUUUGAUCCAAAUGGAAUUUGAUGUUGUACAUUUGGAUGCACUUUGUGAACCCCAUCUUGUCUCCGCUCAACAAAAUGGGUGCUAAAAUGCCAACUUGUUGGUUUUUGCCUAGUCGACCAAAAAUGCAAGCUUGAAACCCUUUUUCAGAAACUCCCUUUUGAGGAAGUGCGUCCAAAUGGGAUCUUAGGAAUGUAUUCCCAUCGAAUAGCGUGUCAGAAAAAAAAAGGGGAUGCUCUUUUUUUUUUUUUGGAAUGCAAUAAAGCAAACUCUCAUAUUACCAACCAAAGGCAAAAAUACAAAAAAUAUAAAGAACAAAGAGGGUGGCCAAUGCAAGAAAGGGAAAAGAAGAAAGAAAAAUCAACAUCAGAAAGGGAAAAGAAAGAAAAAACAUGGUGGGGUUGAUCGCAGCUGGCAUUUCAUGUCUCCAUUGAUUUGGUCGGUGAACGUUUGUUUUGCUCGUGAUGUUACACCAUGGUGGGGUCGAUCGCAGCUGGCAUGCAGAGUUUCCAGUUGCAAUUUCUAGGGCACCAGACGUUGCUGGGCUUCUAAACUGAAAUCUACCCAAGUGCUAUUUUGCACUCUCUUUUUUUACCCCCUCUUUUGUUUUGCUCCAUGUCACACUUCAAUGAAAAGCAAGACUUCAAUAGAUUUUCUUGGA